CGCGCGCCGCCAUACAAAUGGCGCUCGCGUCUGUCGCGACUUGUCUCCAGUUCAGCAGUUUCGUCGUUACCUUCUUCUCGAAACGUUCAAACACCAGCAGAAUCGAGACAACAUGGAGCCCCAAGACGUCUACUACAGCAAAGCGGAAUACGUGGAAACGGCUAGCGGAAACAAGGUGAGCAGGCACACGGUUCUCUGCGGCUCGCAGAACAUUGUGUUACACGGGAAAGUGAUCGUGCAGUCGGACGCGAUUAUCAGGGGCGAUCUCGCAAACGUUCGGACUGGACGUUACUGCAUCAUCAGUAAGAACGCCAUCAUACGGCCACCGUUUAAAAAGUUUAGCCGAGGCGUUGCCUUCUUUCCUCUGACGAUGGGAGACCAUGUGUUUGUCGGGGAACGGGCGGUGAUCAACGCGGCGAUCGUCGGCUCUUACAUAUACAUAGGAAAAGAUGCUGUGAUCGGAAGGAGGUGCGUGCUGAAGGACUGCUGCUACAUCGAGGACGGGGCGGUUGUACCGCCGGAGACGGUGAUCCCCUCGUUCACACGUUUCGCCGGCAAUCCUGCCAAGUGCGUCGAAGAUCUACCCGAGUGCACGCUCGACCUCAUGCUGGAAUUCACCAAAAAUUACUAUCAACACUUUCUACCGCUGAGCGCUUAACGCGUUUUGGAAACAUUCGGUUGUACUAGGCCGAUCCGUUCUCGAACUCGCGAAUCUCUUGGUCGACUAGUUCGAACGGAUCGACUUGGCUGCGUGGCACUGCGUCGUCGUUGGUCAACCAUCGGUCGAUCGAGCCUUCGACUCGGCACCAGAGAAACUCCGCCGCCAGCACGACGAGACUCAGAAGCGUCCCGUAACCCACGGCGACCAACGCAAAGUAGCACUCGGUGAUACCUAUCCUGACGAAGCUCGUACUUCCGUGGCACUUGGGCUUCUUCGUGUACAGUCGGCUGUCCUCGCGAGUUUGCAGACCGGUCUCGCUCACCACCAAAGCCCUGAAAACGAUCCUGCUUCAUCGUGAACUGCUCUCGUCUCGUCGCUCCAGUUCGCCGCCGCCUUACGCGUUCUUCACGAUCUCCAAGUACGGCGACCGAGUUUGCAUCACCAGAAGCGGAUACAGCAUGUUCAGCACGUCGAUCUCCAUGAUCCCGCACUUCUCUUCCUCCAGAUACGUCUCCUGCACUAUCUUGUAGAAGGCGCCCAGCUCCGCGUGGAACGCAAACAGCCCGUUUCUGACGCGACGAACUCCCUCCUGCACCGUCAUCCACGAGCCAUUAUGACCCUUUGGCUCGAUCUUUUGAUCCACCAACGCUCUUCGUACCGGAUCCUGAAACGUCUG